AUGCCCACCCGCUUCAAAACGGGCGGGGCAAACGGCACCAUCGCCCCAUCAAAUCAACCAACGACAAGAAACAUUGAGCCUCUACCUCAAGCCGACGCUGGCGCUGGCGCUGGCGCUUCGAUUCAAGUUCCCCCAAGCCCUGAGUACUCGACACAGACACGCUCCAUUUGUCGCUCGAAUUGUUGA